UACAGUCAGUGAAUCAGCAGUCCCCUUGUCAUACGGAUAAACCGAAUAAGGUCAAGGCAGCAUUCGCUAUUCCAUGCAUCCACAGGCACAAAGCGGCUCCCACCUUGUUCAGGAAAACCUUAUCCCGAAACUUGCAGAAUAAGGCGACAACUGUAGCAUUCAGAAGUCUCUAUACUCCCAAGUCCAAGGUUGGCAAAGGAAAUAAAUUGGAUGAUCAUCUGUUCAGCAAAAGAGCAUGGAAGCACAUGUCCGCAAUGUUCAAUGCAAAGUUCAAAUCUCAGUAUGAAAAAGACGUUCUAAAAAAUCGCCACAAAACAUUAAGGAAUUUGUAUAGGACCGUUACAAAGCUUCUUGCCCAGACGGGGUUUAGCUGGGACGAAAAGCGAAAAAUGGUGACCGCUGAUAAUAAUGUUUGGGAUGAAUACAUCAAAGUACAUCCGGAUGCCCGAUCUUAUAGAAUAAAAAGCAUUCCCUACUUUAGUGACUUGUGUACUAUUUAUGGACGCGCACUGACUGCAGAAAAAGGUGAUGAUGGAGCCACCAUGGCCAUACAAUCUAACAGUGUCGGUGAGGAUACUGGUGAGGUUUUCCAAGAUACAAAGGUUGCAGAAAACCUUGGAGUUUCUAUACCGGAAAAUGCAAACGAUGAUUUUGAGCUAAGUUUGUCAAAGGCUUGUACCCGUUCUCGCACUUAUUGGCAGCCACCAAUGGACCAUUAUCUUAUUAACUUGAUGCUUGCCCAUGUGCACAAAGGAAACCGGGUUGAUGGUGCAUUCAGCAAGCAAGCAUGGAUGGAGAUGAUUUCAUCAUUCAAUGAAAAUUUUGGCUUUGACCAUAGUGUAGAGAUUCUUAAAAAUCGAUACAAAACUCUGAGAAGGCAGUAUAAUGUUAUUAAAGUCUACUUCAUUUGGAUGGGUUUGUCUGGGAUGAUGCACGGCAGAUGGUUACUGCUGAUGAUUAUCUCUGGCAGAUUACAUCAAGGUAUACACCUACUAUAGAAAUCUAUUAGGAAUAUCAAUACUCAAUUAGUAAAUGAUUACAUUGGCAUAGGGAAUCAUCUGUGUGGUUUUAUUUAUCAAUUCCCUCUCUUUGAUGAUAUUAUUGGGCUUGGAUUCAGUAAUACAGCAAUUUACCAAGGCCCAACCCCCUGGUUCUAGGUACUUCUUUCUUACUCUUCUGUUGGUCAGCUUUUUCGUGCAAUGUAAAACAAAGUAAAACGAACUUAAAAUUCUUUGAAAAAUGUAAAGCUUCAAGGGUGUGCAUGUUAAUAAAAGUGGAAGUGGAUUGGAAAAAAGUAGGAACAUGGCAAAAAUGCCUACAUCCAUUCCCCUUUGACAGUGCAUAUUUACUUAAUUUUUCUGGAUGAAAAAUGAAAGACAAAUUCAUUUUCCUACUGAGAAAGCAUGUAAUGGGAUCCUCAUUGCUAAAUGCUAACUGCAUUUUUACCAAGAGAGUUUAAGCAAUAGUAAUGCUUAUAAUGAUAAUAUAUUAGUCUUUAUGUGGACAAGGUUUAAAGACCAUUGAAAUGAUUACAUGCAGGUGCAUCCUGAUGCGCGGCAGUUUAUGACCCGACCUGUGCCAUAUUUUAAGGAUUUGUGUGUGAUAUAUGACCCCACUUUUGAUGAAAAGGAAUCUCCGCGUCAAGAUUUGGAUCCGCAAAAUUCAGUUGCAGAUGUGAGUAUGGAGCCAUCUGAAAUUGGUCUAUCUCCAGCAGCAUCUAAUUAUAUUGAAUACCAUGAUGGUAAUGUGAGUGACUUAACACAUACUAGUGAGAAACAUAAGCGCCAAUUAGAGAUCGAUUCCACUUGCCCCAAAAGAUUAAGGGACGUUGAAGUAGGCAUGGCUAGCACUCUCCAGGAGAUGGCAACUACUGUUUCUUCUCUGUCAACAAAAAAGAGUGAUGAUAACUCAGUACCGAUAGAGAUUGUGAUAGAAGCAGUACAAGCAUUGCCUGAUAUGGAUGAAGAUCUGGUUUUGGAUGCCUGCGAUUUUCUGGAGGAUGAAAAAAAAGCAAGAACUUUUCUAGCGCUGGAUGUUAAGCUGCGAAAGAAUUGGUUGCUUCGGAAACUUCGGACGUAAGCUUAGCUCGUGGCCCCAUACCUUUCAUCUCUUCUUUCAAGCACUUGACAGUUAGCAUUGUUCUGUUAUCCAUGCCCUUUCUUAACAGGCUUAGCUUAUACCUUGAGUGAUACCCAUAUUUGUGGGGUAAAAUUGGAGCUAAGAUUAGCUCGUAUGUUCAUAGAAGGGUUCAGAAAGUCCUUGCAUUAUUAACCUAGUAUUUGUCAGGGUUUAUGUGUUUCUGAAAUAAUGUCGUAAUCAUUAUUAUUACUAUUA